UAAUAAAGCUGUAAACUUUAUUGUGUUAUUAAUCAUGCCUCCUAAGACUAGUGGCAAAGCUGCGAAAAAGGCCGGUAAAGCCCAGAAAAACAUCUCGAAGACCGACAAGAAGAAGAAGCGCAAGAGGAAGGAAAGUUACGCAAUUUACAUCUACAAGGUAUUGAAACAAGUCCAUCCAGAUACCGGAAUUUCCAGCAAGGCCAUGAGCAUCAUGAACAGUUUUGUGAACGAUAUUUUUGAACGCAUCGCAGCCGAAGCGAGCAGAUUAGCUCAUUACAACAAACGUUCAACAAUUACCAGCAGGGAAAUUCAGACGGCAGUGCGACUUCUCUUGCCAGGUGAGCUGGCCAAGCACGCAGUCAGCGAAGGUACAAAGGCAGUGACAAAAUACACCAGUUCCAAGUGAAGAACUAUUUUUGUUUCUACACAUCAAACGGUUCUUUUCAGAACCAAUAAUUUCUCAAACUUAUAAAUAUGGAUCAAUCUACCUUUACCUCAUCGUCUUUAGUAUCUUACAUAUUUGUAUACAUACUACUUCUUUAAUUCAUCAUCUAUUAUUUAUUUCUCAUUGAUUUAUAGUUUGUUAAAAUUGUAAGAUUAUUAUUUUUCAAAUAGUUUUUGCAAGGUUCCCUCUCAUUUCAUCAUUUUCUUAUUGAUGUGACACUACACAAUAAAACUGCUAAAAAUCAAGUUGCUUGAUAUGAUUCAAGUACUUGAUUUAAAAUCAGAACAAGCUCAAGCCAAUUAGCUUAAAAAUCAAGUCAAGCCAUGAAUCCCUAAUGACUUCACUAAAUAAAAUAUUUUAUAAAUCUUAUAAAAAAAUAUUUUCAAAAUUUUUUCAAUAGUCCUCUCCCUGUUUAUAGGCGUUGAAAAACCAAUGGAAUUGAAAUAUUUCUCAAGAAAUCAGGAAUUAGUUAAUAAAUAAUUGUGAAAAUUUGUAUAUAUUUGCAUGAAUAGAAUAGGAAAUGAAUUUAAAAUAGCGGCAGAUGCUAUGACUUGAAUUAUUCCCAACUUUCUCAACUUCAAAAUAUUGCACCUUUGGAGUCCACAGAACUUUAUAUCGAUAUAUGAAUAAAUUACAUCUAAGUUGUCUGUUUUUAGGCAUCUUAAUUCUUAAUCACAUCUUAUUUAAACUCACAAAAAAUUGGUUAGUUAUGUAACUCUAAUAAUAUCCUUAUGUUUUCUUGAGGACCUAUGUUUCUUUUUAUGAUUUUCAUUAUUGGAAUCUUGAUAAGUUGAGAAUUGAAUCGGUCCAUUAACACCGAACAAAACAGUUGAAAAUACAAACUGAGUUUUUUAUAAUAAUUGAUUAAUUCCGUUAAAAACCUAAGAUGAACAUUUGUGAUUUGGGAUACAGUGCAGUUUGUAUUUUGAU